AUGACCUGCAUCAUCCGUCAAUCAAUGAUCCUCUUGACAGCGACUAUUGCCCUGAUCUUGCUUAAUGUCCACUUCUGUAGCUGCUGUAAGUCGACAAUUUCUGACAAUUUCCUCCCUUUUUUCAGCUGGAUUCGUGCUAGCUGUUAAGCAACAUACCAAUAUCGACCUUGCUUACGAGGUGCCAGCAUCCUCUCGGGUAUGUAAAAUGUCGAAAUUUGCUUUAUUGGAAACUGUAAAUUCGAAAUAUUCAUGUGGUUUUCUCCUUACAGUUCAAUUCUUCGGAAUCAGGAUUUGUGCAUGGAACGGCAAGGCAUCCCUGCGAACCUUCGACUAAAUGUGUAGAAUUCUAUCCAAGUGAGUUGUUGAGCCUUUUACAUUUUGUCCCUUCAAAUUCGCAAACACAAACUGACACAUCCACGACACAAAUGCAAUUAAAUGCGGUCGCUUUCUGAUCGAUGCUCAGAUCACUUAUGGUACUCUACAAAUAGUGCUUUCUAAUAUAAGAUAUAGGUAAUUGGUGAAAUGUUUUUUUCUGAAAAAGGAAGAAGAAGUUUUCUGAUCAAUGACGGAACAUACGAAAACUACUCUGCGGUUAUUCUAACACCCGAAAAUCCUGAAAAGGCAAAAAUUGCGAUCGUCGUAGUGAACUCAAGGGACUUCUUCCCAGGUAUAUAGUCCAAAUUUUAAAAUAAUUCGUAAAAUCUGACGUUCGUUAAUAAAACCAAACAACGAGGGCAUCUACCCCAAACAUAUGUAAUUUCAAUUUCACAAAUCACAUUUCUCUUAUCUUGUCAGAGAUCCGCGGUGUCCAUUACAUAAAACCCAUUGUCGCACAACCGGGCUAUGCGAGACCACUUGCUGUUGUCAUGGAUGAAAAUAUAAAGGUACCAAAAGACCACACUUAUUUCAAUUAUGCUGAAAUAUUUUUGAGAUUUACAUUUGACUUAGUUAUUCAUCUGUCAAGAUCAUGAUUGAAGUGCAAAAUGUUAAAUGAACCAAUUAUCUUUUUUCAAGGAGAUCAGGCUGCUGGGAAAUAUUAGCAGAUAUGGGUCGUCUUCAAGCACGAAGGGGCUGAAAAUAAUUAUUCCCUAUGGUAAGUUGCGCUCUACGUUGCAAUGCUCAAGAUCCGACGGAGAUGAUUAAUUUCACUUUCCAUUUAAGAACAAGUCGACGGUAAGAACUAUAAAAUCAUGCGAGUAACAGGACGUGCGGAGACAGAGAACCUAGCCUUUUCUCUGAAAGAUGACGCUGGGAACAAAAAAACCUACCACUUUCUGGUCUCCGAGGGCGCACCCAUCUUGAUGUAUCCCACACAUUUCCUCAAAUGGCCCAACAUGUACAAAACAUCAGGCUCAUUGCAAAACUUUAAAUGCAGCCUGUUUCUUACAAUAUUUCUUAUUAUGGCUGUGCUCUUAAACAACCACUAAAUAGCCGUCUCAUUGGAGACGUAAUUCAAAGCUUUCAUCAUUCCUUAAUAGAAAUUACAACUGGCCAAUCUUUAUUCUUCUACCGUUCGCAUUAAUUAUUGAAAGAUUUUUUGAAGGCAUGCGGGCAGGUUGAUUGUUAUUUACAUGAAUGAAUUUGAGCUUUUAAUUCGACCAGAAUGCCGUUAUAAGAUUGGAUUGAAGUCGGCAGCAUGACUGAUAAGCCUAGCAACUAGUGGAUGGUGAUUCAGUUGGCGGAAUAAUCCGAUGUAACCAUGUUCGUCACGCUUGGAGUGAGUCAGCAGUCCAGUUUGAGGUAAUUGUGGAGGGCAGACGUCACGCCGUAUUCCAAAGGAAGAUUAAGCAUGUCAGUCCGAACGUUGACAAGAUGUAAAUACAUACCUAUAGUAUUAAAAAUGUAAUCCCCAUGUGGUAUAUGACAAGGUGCGGAGGCGUUCGCUGGGAGACCUUUAUGAAAGGUCUGACGUUUUGAAUAGUUACUUCGGUCGGAUUUUAUUUGAUAUCCGCAGCUGCAGUAGACAAGCCCCCGCCACCUAUCAUACGGGAGCGGGGGUUAUAGAGAGUUUAACACUAACCCAUACUCUAACCCCUAACCCAAAAACAUAACUUUUAAUCUUGACCCUAACAUCUAAAACUUAGCACCAAACACUUACCCUUAACCAUAACUCUAACCCCCUAGCAGGUGCGCCAACGAAAUAUGAUCAUGCCAUUACUUAAUAUACCCAUCUUCAGAGACUGUAAAUUCGUGCGCUGCAAACGCGAAUGCACGAGCAUGCGAGGGUCGGACCCAAAUUCGGAUGUAGCAACCCAUGCCGGGCAAAUGGUACUUUGAGGCCGUUGAGAUUGUAGACUUGGGGCGACAGUCAUCCGGCAAGGAUGGUGCAAAAAGCCUGGAUGUCCAUCGACUGCCUUGUCAACCGCCACUAAAGUUGCCUCCCCUCUAUAUGUUUUGACGAGGCUUCUUGUCGAGGACAGUCACGGCGAGGGACAAUCAGAGUCGUCACUUAUCUUUGCGGCCGAUGAGAAUGGGGAAGAUUUAGGUCACGGUGAUAUGCGGGUCGGAUGCAGCCACACGGGCGACAUUAGCAAACCACGCAUAAAAUAAAGUAAGUCAUAUUAUGAUAUAUGUGCCCAUGACUAUAAUAAACCCCCCCCCAAGUGAACGACUCCCGUCACUUUGGCACAUGCAUAUAUUCCACUGCUCUUCGCAUGUGGCUAAUAAUGCAAACAACGUUGUGGAGCCGGGGCAAUGAUUAGUAGGUAAAGCUAUCUAAAUACGUAAUCAUCCAUGCGCUAUAAUGGUAUCUGCUGAUUUAACUCAAGUCCGAAGUGGCAGGCUGACUUCAAUUUUAGUAGAUAGCACUUUGGGGGCGAGCUUAUUGCCACCUUACUUCCUUCAUUGCCGUGGAUGCCUCGACCUGCAGUCCUGUUGGCCUACGGUUGGUCGGUUUCGACUACGUAGGUGUUUUCCGUUGGCUUGCUAUAAUAUACUUUUGAUUUCUAUCAUAUUUGGUUUUAGAAGAAGAAAAUUGGCUCUCCGGUACAGGUUUAUUUAACUGCUGACGUUUCAAAGAGCUGGGUCGAUCAGAAAGUUAAUUUAAUGUGGCAAGCUGUGUUGGCCGGCCUCAUGCUGAUCGAUCAGAAAGUUAAUUUAAGGUGGCAAGCUGUGUUGGCCGGCCUCAUGCUGAUCGAUUUUUCUCUCUUCUCACGCUGCGUCGGCCUCUCAGGAAAUGGUUGACGGGCUUUUUUGCCUGUGCGCUUUAUGAGUCACCACUCCGUCGAGGGGAGCUGAUUGGACUUUAGUCGGGCGGUCGGUCUGGCGGUUCUUGUUCUUCCUCACCGAGUAAGGUCAGCGUCGGGCUAUCUCCGUGCUGUCUUCUUAAGUUCGGUGUGGUUGUUUGGUCCUGAGCUCUACGGUUGUGAUGACGUAGGACUUUGGUUUUGCCAUUAAUAGAAAAUUUGCCUCCAUUGCAGUAUCUAUCGCACGCAAUCCUUGUUCACAUUUAAUUAGAGAACAUCUGAACAUCUUUGAAUUUGGGCGUUCUCAACUUCGACAAUCCUACUUUGGAUGUAUCGUUCGCACAUCUUGCCCCUGUCUAAUUGUCCAGUGUCUGCAACGAUCCGUUUAUUUUCGCUACUUAAACAGCGCAUACCAGGUCCAUUCUUCGCACUAUUUUACUGGCCUUGGCGCAUAUACUUACCUAAUUGUGCGUUUUAACCUUAACUUCCGCUUGGACUACUCGAAAGAGAUAAUGGCGUGAAUGCCAUUUGCGGACGCUGUUUCCGCUCCCGUCAUCCCCAAAGCCCCUACCUUACUACCACCUCCGUAUCAGGGGAGUCAUUGAAAUCAAUUUUCUCAGUGGGGCCGCAAACAGCAUGCUUGCCCCGAGUUUUCUUCCAGGUGCGCAGACGAAGUUUAGUGGUUUUGCGCGCAUAGCGUAGUAACUCAACUACCUCCAAUUCCUAAGAAACAAUGACUUCGCGUCUUGCCGCGCUGAUAGGCUAAAUGAAGGGGGAUCGACGGCUUUGCAACGCGCAGAGAUCUCUUAAUUGCAUCAUUCAAGAUGCCUUUGUAAACUGCAUGCUUCUGGUGUUUCUUUUGGUCUCAGAAUACGGGCUGUCCUCGGCGCGUUGUCUAUUGUGAGUUCUUUGGGGUGGCGCAUCGUUCAUUUUGGGAUCUCACUAGUUGCUAGUGGUAUUGCGAUGCCGGAGUAGGUGGAGAUGUCACUGGCAUAGACGCGUGUACAACCUACGCAGUACUGCCUAAAAGUAGGAUCUGUACCACGCCGCGCGCAUACGUGCAUCGAUUCUGCUGUGUGCCCGUGACUACACUUCAUGCGCCUGACAUCAUUCGCCUGUUAACAAGGCUGCUGCCCUUGAAGGUACAGUCACGACCAAUGAGAAAUUCAGCUCACUUACUGUCAUACAUAUGUGCACUAACUUCCCUCGCUCAGCGGUUCACGCCCGCCCCUUACCUUCUUCUCAGUCAUGCCUAAAUACCCGCCUUAGCAGCUCUCAGGCGCCAAGCUGGAUGCCAAACAGAGUCUAGGGGAGUUAAAAUAACUGCUCCAUCAGGAUAUGGUACCCUUAGUCUUUGUCCUCCGAAAGCCGACACGGAGUAGUGAAGGAGAAAACAACAAAUUUGCAUAGAAGCUCACAUAGCCAGGAAUUGCACUCUUAUAAGUAGCCGGCUAGACAGAACUGCCUACUUUACACAAAGGAACUGAUGAAUUUUGAGGCAAACUUUGUUUAUGACAUCUUGUGGUGUAUUAGAGAUGCAAAACUACAUUGUGUAUAUUUAUAACCUAAAACAGACGGUCAUUUUGCAAACCGCUAUCUGGGCAGGAGUUGAUUGCAUUUGUGAUUUGGUCAUCAAUGAAAUUGUGCGCACUAAAUCUACACUCUGUUCAUGAACGGCCGACUGACUAGGGCUUGACUUAGUUUUGAAUGGCUGCCGUUGCAGUCUUUAUUGCCUCCGUAACUCAACUUCCAUUUAUUGCUUGUUAAUGGCCUCUUCCAUCCCUAGAAUUAUUGCUCGCGGAAUGAAUAAGGUGGUUCACCAUUGCAAAAUAUUCUGAUUGGGAUGAAAUGCUCUUUUCAUGCUUGAUUGUUCACCAUGCUUCCCAAAAAGCAAUUUGGCAAAAAUUACAAUUAACACAAGCGCGGAGUCAAAACACAGAGAAGAGCGAAAAGUUGGAGACUCUCAACUUCGUAUGUAAUUUGGUCAUCAAUGAAAUUGUGCCCACUAAAUCUACAGUCUGAUAUGGAUGUGUGUGAUUAAGUUUCUCGCUGGUUUAAUUAAACUAUGUCGAAGUAAAAUAAAAAAUGGCGGUACCAAGAUAACUGCAUGAGUUUUAAAAAUGUACUUUCUUCCAAGCUUCUAUUCCAUCAUCAACAGUGAAGUUUUCCUUGAAAAACAAACUUUCACGUUGGAUACAGCCCGAACUGCAGGCCUAAACAUGUAAAUGAAAUGCUUUGACAAACCAGAAGCACUAAGUGUUAGCGCAAUGUGGACAUUGCAACUGAAGUAAUCCGAAUGAGGUUGUUGAAUUCGUACGUGAGAAAGUAGUCGAGGCUCAAGCGGAUAGAGACAGCCUGAUGUUUCGGUUAAGGGGUAGGGCUGGCUUUAAGGUUGGGUUAGUAUCAAGCUGAGAACUGAGUUGAAGGUUUGCGUUUUUGUUAAAUUUAAGGGGUCCGGUUAAAGUUAGGUUUUUGGAUUGCCGUUUAGAUUUACGUUAAAUGUUUAGAUGGUGGUUAGGGUUUAUGUCAGAAUGAGGAAUAAUGUUAAGGUUAUGAUUUGGGUUAGGGUGAAGGGUUUGAUUUAGGAUUUGGUAUUAGGUUUGUGGUAAGGGUCAACGUUGGCAGAUGCGUAGAUUUCUAACACUGGCAAUUCGAGGAGGUCAGAGGAGCGAACUUCUGCUUCAUCGUUUGAACGCUGAUGCCGCACGCACGUACGCAGCUAUUAAGAUAAGUCAAUUUUUUACAAACACUCCCCUUCUUCGAAUAGAAGGUAGAAAUUGAUUGCUUUCUCAGACCUGCUCCAUGUGCAUUCACGCCUUCACUUGCUCCAGUGGGGCAGCUUAAAUUAAUUGAACAACUAGACGUCCAUCCAUGCGAAUACGAGAGCACCAUCCUGCUUGGCUAAAUCAAGGUGUGGAAAAGUCCAUCUGUACCACGGCUGUGGCUUACUUGUUUGGCAGUGGCCAUCGCCUAGACGUUAAGUAAGCAUUGCGAGUCAUCUAUGAAGUACCCGCGAGGUGCCCCAAGUUCCUGCAUCAGUGGAUACUUGAGACGGCAGAGACAGCGGACACACGGUUAACCAACCCGACAUAGUACUCGCAUAAAUUAUUUGUACAAGCGCUAAGGCUCCCGUGGUCAAAGACAAGACCCAGCAUUUGUGUUCACACAGACCAUUUCGCGUUACAGCGAUAAAACGGGAAUAACUAAUUGCCAGACACCUAUACAUUCUUCCCCCUACCCCCAACCCCCUGAGUGAAAUAAACUCUGACGCCUGGCCUCCGAACCUUCCACAACCUUCUCUCUCAUUCUGACUUUUAUUUGUUGUUAUUUUUUGCUACGUUGUCCUCACUUAUAUUAUUUUACCGGCCUGAUGUUAAGCAAUCGAAAACGUGCGUUUAUAUGUCCAGAAUUAUUAAGAAUUUCUAAAUGACUUAUCUGUUUUCUGGUUGUUAAUUGACUCUUUUGUUUUCUAUCUAAAAAUGCUGCUUCACCAGAAAAUCAGUCUUUGUGGGACGCUGGAUGAAAUCUAUAAUCUACUUCGGAUUCAACAUCUUAUAUACUAUUUGACUUUCUAAAAUAGAGGAGGGUUCCUUUUGCCUAAUUUUCGAUAACAUUUCGAAGAUAAGCACAACACUUCACCUAUUAACUCCAGAAAAACAAGAUUGUCUUUAAUAAACGGCUGCUGAAACUCAAUAUUUACUUACUCGAAUAAAUCGUCCACCACAUCAAUAGUUGACCGAAUUAAAUAUAGCUUACAUAAGGACGUAGCCGCUAACAUACUGUGUCAUCGAUAUUAAAAAGACCUCCAUUUACCAAUUGAGUCAUCGGCACUGGGCAGAAUAUCAAACCGAGUUUUCGAAAUGUGCAUGCGGGGUUUGAUUGUGUAAACAGGGCUUGUCAAGAAACGUCUGCUAAGAUAACCAGGGGACUCUGUCUGACACCGUACUAAAUUUGCCCAAUGCGGUCAACGUGAAUGUGCCAGAUGUCAUAUAGGUUGCAGUCGUAGCAGAAAAUCCUGUUGAUUUCCUUCCAUGGGUAUGACUUAUGACCAGGAUUACUUAAUUAGUGGAACAAUUAGUCUAAAAGGAAAUAGUUGGCAAUACUUAUUUUUGUAUGCGCGGUUGGUGUUGAGUGAGGGUGUCCAGCUGAUUUAGGGUAGUCAUUGACAAUGCAAUGCUUUUUUAGCAUUUUACGCAAAGAGGCAUUAUAUUCACUAACUACUAUCAUUAUGUGGCAAAUGUAGUGUUAACGUUUUGCAGGUAACAAUACGGCGGAUACCACGAAGUUCUUAGAUGUUCAGCUUUUUUUCUCAUCAUGAGUGCUUCUCAGCGUAAGUAACCCCAGGUCACUAACCAUACACUUGGGUAUUUUCUUAAGUAAGGCAUGUUGUUACUAUAGAGAUGGUGCUGCUGCCGAGAAUAUUCGGCAAUGCCCUAAACAUCAGCGAAACUUUACGUCUCCAAUUAUUGUCUCUGCAGACCGACCCUGCGGUUAAAUCGAACGGACUGUGCAUCAAGUGAGACAGUAUGCGCUCGUUGUGAGAACGUCGCUGAAAUACCUUAUACUGCGUAGAAAAGGCCGAUGAGAUGGUUUAAACACAGGUUUUGUUGGCUUUCCAACCAUAUAUACGAUGUCGGGGUUGCUGUCCAAAAUUUAACGUUGCUGCUUAACCGGAGUCGGCGACAGUCUCAGACAAAAGUUGGUUCGACAUGACCCAUGACUUUUGGGCACUCAGUCCUGUUCACUAUGGGGUAGGGAGAAUCGACUUCCUCAGCUACGCACUCCUAGAUAGACGCGUAUAGGCAAGUUCCGUCCGAUUGUGGUUGACGUCAGCUAGAUAGAACAUGAGCGCAGCAGAAAGAGAUGUAAGGGGAUAUGUUAGGUACGUCCAAAAACAGUAACAUCUUCUGGGUGCUUUAGGACGUACCGGGCUUAUAGGUCUGUUAAAUAUGGAUGUUGCCGGGCCUCUUGUUUAGGUGGUUUACCGUGGAUGUACGGUAGAUUGCAUCAUUUUCACCAUGCAUACCGUGACUACAAACUGCGGUCCGUAAUGUUCAACAGACUCCCAUCGGUGGCUCUCAAGUCUAGGCUCCACCUAGCGGCCACAUCCCACGGCCAGCUGUUUGGACCGGAUUAGGGUAUUCAGUGUUAUCUAAAAAACGGCAACACUGUUCCCGUUCCAAUCCCUCGUCCUCUCCUUCACUGGGAAACUUCCUACAAAGAGGGCGACAUGCAGUCUCUUAGGUGGCCCAGGGUUGAUCUCCCACUGAGCAAAGCCGUGCCCUUUGGUGGAUUCCGGCAGCCGUCAGGGAUGUGUAAGCUGCACAAUUAAAGGCAGCAAUGCUCGCUAGAAAAGUCUAACAAAUGCUCAGAUUACGUUAUCUGCGCACUGACGGUGGCUCGUAGUUGCGGGAUUCACGACCGAAACUGCACGAUUCACAGCAUCCCUAUUUGACCACUCUUCCCCUACAACCUUUGUAGAGUAACUCUGGUCACUCUAGCCGCCCGUAAUGUUCGUUCACUUUUAGGUAAUUGAAAAAGCAAUCAACCGCUGGAGAUAAGGUAUAUCACAAGAGGGACAUUUCGGUUUUAAUGAUACCGGCUUCUCUAAAGUAGGAGGAUUGGCGGGCGUGGACGCUGGCAGAGCGACCCGAUGCCAUCCGCAAUGGCGUCGUCGGACAACUGUCCUGUCUGCUAUAGGACAUCAGCGAUAGUCGACAACUCCCCCAGUUCUUCGGUGAGCCAAAUUAGCUACCAUCAUCAUCAUCUUAACCCUAUUUUGACGAACCCCGACAAGGCGAAAAACAAAUGAUACAAUGUUUUAAAGAAGGAGACUCGAUCGUUGGGACAAGAGCUUUAUUAUCCCGACGGUUCGGAUUCCUACUCGAUGGCAUCAUCGGCGACAGAUGCAGAUACGAGCGAUUCUGGGGUAGAUAAAAGCGAAAGCUGCGAGAGAAAGGUCCCAAACGGGGAAGAAACACAUGGGCCGACCCAGACGAAGACUGGUACAGGUUGUGGUUUGGUCCUAAAUCCGGCAACCUGCCGGACGCCUGGGAAUCCUUCCUCAAGCACGUAGCAGACGUUUAUCCGGUGGCUGACGGUUAGCUAUGCAAUCCAGAUACCCCGCAAUGUCUUACACAGGUAAGGUAACUCACUUGUACAGUACGUGAGCUAUCUCAUGAAAUCUGAUAACGGAAACUGAUAAGAUAAUUUUGGACGCCUUUUACGUGGCGCAUUUUGUUCGCUCAUUCACAGUCUUCAACAAGCUGUCCUUUUCUUGUUCAGAAAUUGUGUUUGCGUAAUUAUAUCAAGUGAAAUAUCAUUGAAUUUUACCAGCAAUAGACGUUAUAAUAUAUUCGUCCAAUUUCCUAUGCUAAUACAUGCCCUAGACUCCAGUUACGCAUCUGAGAGACAUUUUCAUUGAAAAGAUAGUAAUUUACCCUCGAGAGUUUUAAUAAACAGAUUUAGCCGUGCAGCUUAUCCGGCUCGGGCCGUUAGGACAUCAUGCCACAAACGAGUGAUAAGCGAAUGAUCAAGGUCAUGACCCCCUGUUCACACCUUUGUGCUGAUUGGCCACCCAUUAAUUAAUGACAGUCCCCCUUGCCAUAUACCCGACCGUUCUCACAAGCCUCCUCACUUGUGCUGUCUAUCGUACUCAGUACAUGUCCUAUUUCCAAAUACCCUUCUGUAUUGCAUGCAUAACAUUGGCGACGCAGCCUAACGAACAUGUCUUCAUUGCUGCCUACACCGUUACCUUUCUGGCCAAAGAACACCCAGAAGCCCUCAAAUGACUCGUGGUUGCAAUGGAGGAAGACAUUUGAGGAUUAUAUUGAACGGCUUCCGAUUGUGUCACCCACGAUUGUACUAGACGUCUCAUCUAAGUUGAAACACCUCCGGACGAAUAUCGGAGAGUUGGGACAACGAUAUUUCGAUGCCCUCAAUCUACAACAGGCUGUAGAUCUCCAUACAGCCUUCGCAAAACUCGAGUCAGCGUGGGGAGGAAAAGACAACGUCUUUCUCAGUCGCUAUCGGUUUUGUCAAAUGCGUCAAGAAUCCAAUCAAUAUAUCAGUGAUUUUAUUACUAAUUUGACUCUCGCCAUCCAGGACUGUGGGUAUAAAGAGAUCAAGGCAGACAAGUUCGAGCACGCAAUGCUCGUUCAGCAGUUCAUAGUCGGUCUGCGCGAUGAAAAAGCUCGGGAAAAUUGCUUAUCAGAGAAAAAGGAUUUCUCAUAGGAGAAAGCCUGUGAUAUCGCCAGUCAUCAGGAGCGCGUGCGGCAAAACCUUCAGCAGCUGAAUCACUCAAACGAUGGAGUGAUAGCAUCCUUGGAAUCGGAAAUGGCUGUCUCCCUAGUCAACACUGCUGUGUCUUCACCUAGACAGCGACCGUCAGCUCCCUCAAAACAACUACCAUCCUGCUACCGUUGUGGCCAGCAUCAUAUCCGGUGGUCAGACUGUAGACACCAGAAGACGGUAUGCCAGUUUUGCAAGAAAGUCGGCCACAUCGAACAGGUGUGUUUCUCCAAAAGACGAGCGAAUACUAACACGCAUGCAACCUACCCUAAUCCAGCUGGGGAUGGCGAGGCGAUACUCCGAAUGUGUUCUGCCAACGCGCCACUCCGAUCGCCCUACACCAUCAAGCUUCCGGUUGAUCACCAUCCCGUGAAGUUUGAAAUCGACACUGGCUCAGCUGUUACUCUCAUAAAUGAGGCCUGCCUUCAGAAAUUAGCUUCCCUCCUUCCGGUCAGCCCAAGAUUCCGCAGUUACACUGGACAGAACGCAGAGGUUCGAGGGGUCUUUACAGCCGAAGUCAAGCAUGAUGGAGAACUUCAUUACUUGACGGUUCAUGUGGUGAGAGGAAGACAGCAACCAAAUCUCCUUGGACGGAAUUGGAUUAAAUGCGUGCCUUCUGUGCUAUCCUAUGUACAUCGGAUUGGUGUAAAUCCGGCUUUGGAUUCAAUUUUGGUAAAUUAUAAGGAUCUAUUUUAUGACGAUUCUGCUACCUGCUACCGCGGUCCACCUGUUAAAAUCCAGUUUCAGUCAGAUUUCCGGCCCCGGUUCUUCAAAGCUCGUACAUGCCCCCUAUGCAGUCGCACCGAAGGUCGAAGAAGAACUGGAUCGCCUACAGAAAGCGGAUAUUAUUGAGCCCGUGCAAUAUUCGGAAUGGGCAGUCCCAAUAGUUCCUGUUCUUAAAACCGAUGGUUUUGUGCGUAUCUGUGGCAACUACAAGCUGACAAUCAACUCAGCAACUAAACUGAACCCUUAUCCUCUCCCGCGCAUCGAGGAUCUGUACGCAUCUCUCUCGGGUGGUCAUCAGAUUUCAACUUUGGACCUAAAGCAUGCCUCCAACCAAGUCGUCCUAGAUACCGAAUCUCGAGACGCCACCACCAUCAAUACGCAUCGGGGUUUAUUUCGAUGUAAAAGACUACCAUUUGGUGUAAGUUCGGCUCCCGGUUUAUUUCGAUGCUUGAUUGAUAACCUCGUGAAGGAUAUACCUCACGUUUACGCAUAUCGUGACGAUAAAUUAGUCACCGCCCCAUCUGAAGUUAGUCAUCUAGAGACUGUAAACAUUGUGUUGGGAGGUUUAGGCGACGCAGGUUUUAAACUCAGGAAAGGUAAGUGCUCAUUCCUUGCCGACUCGGUAGAAUACCUGGGCUUCAGGGUGGAUAAAACUGUCCUCCAUUAACUCGAACAUAAGCUCAAAGCCUUGAAGACGGCGCUGCGCCCCAACACUACUAGUCAAUUGCGUUCAUUCCUGGGGUUAGUCACCCACUUUAGUCGCUUUAUGAAGCAAUCGACUAAAAUUCUAGAGCCUCUUCAUCGACUACUUGAAUGGAAUCGUUGCUGGCACUGGUCGGAGGUCGAACAAAGUGCUUUUGAACGAGCAAAGGCGGCUCUUACGUCCUCAUCUGUCCUAGUUCCCUAUGAACCCGAAAAGCCUACCAUACUUAAAUGUGAUGCGUCUCCGAAAGGCGUAGGUUCGGUUGUCAUGCAUCAAAUGCCUUCUGGUGUGGAGAUGCCGAUUGUCUUUGCAUCAAAAACUAUGUAACAGGCGGAAACCAACUAUUCGCAACUAGAUAAAGAGGCCUUAGCAAUAAUGUUUGGCCUCCAUCGCUUCCACCUGUAUCUUUUGGCCGACCCUUUGAGAUUCACACCGAUCACAAACCCCUCUUAGGUUUGCUGGGAGAAAAACGAGGGAUACAACAGAUGUCCUCGCCGAGAAUGCAACGAUGGGCACUCAAUUUGUCUACUUACACGUAUGCAAUGAAGUACAUUACAGGUAGUGCAAACGUAGUGGCUGACGCCUUGAGUAGGCUGCCUAUCGUGGACGAUGGCAUUAACGGGGCACCUGUUUUAGAGACGGUGAAUCUUUUGCAGAACAUAGUCAACUCACCAGUAACCUGGCGCAUUCCUUUGUCUGAGCUUGCGAGAAGAGAUCCAGAUGCGUUCAAAACAUCUUUGAAUUAGGAAGGUGAAGGAUAAAAGAAUAAAAUUUGUCCAGUUUUUAUUUAUAUUGAAGGCAGAUUUAAGCUUUGAAUUGGGUAUGCAAUGAGACAGCACACACAUGGUCGUAAAUAUUGUAAGGCACAAGCUACAUUUACACCGUUGCAAUGAGCCGGAUGUUUAGUUAAGUUUGGGCCGCUCGAGAAAAUGUGUGGGGUACAUCAAGAUGGGUGCGCUGUCGUAGGCCAGAAAUUGGUACGUUCCUUUUUUCCCAGCGUCAUAUGUCAGAGAAAAGACUAGGUUCUCAGUCUUCACACGUCCCGUUACCCGCAUGAUUUUAUAGUCGUCACCGUCGACUUGUUCUUAAAUGGAAAAUGAAAUAAGCCAUCUCCGCCAGAUCUUGAGCAUAGUAACGUGAAGUGCAACUUACCAUAGGGAAUAAUUAUUUUCAGUCCCUUCCUGGCUGAUGACGACCCAUAUCUGCUGAUAUUUCCCAGUAGCCUGAUCUCCUUGAAAUGGGAAAUUUGGCUCAUUUAAAACUUCGUAUCUCAAUCGGGAUUUUGAUUGUAAAUGUAAAUGUAAAUUUACAGAAAAAUAACAGUAUAAAUGAAAUGAGUGUGGUCUUUUGGUACCUUUAUAUUUUCAUCCAUGACCACAGAAAUUGGUCUCGAAUAGGCCGGGUGUGAGACAAUGGAUUUUUACGUAAUGGACAUGAGGGAUCUCUGAUAACAUAAGAAAAAUCUGAGUUGUGGAAUUGAAAUGACAUAUAUUUGAGGAAGAUUUUCUUGCUGUUUGGUUUCAUUAACGAUUAUCAGAUAUCACAACUUUAUAUAAAGUGGGGCAUUUUGAAUAUAUACCUGGGACGAAUUCCCCUUCGUUCACUACGACGAUCGCAAUUUUUGCCUUUUCGGGAUUUUCGGGUGUGAGAAUAACCAUAGAGUAAUUUUGGUAAGUUCAAUCUUUGUUCAGAAAACUUCUUCUUCCGUUUUUCCGAAAAAAAAAGAAUUCACGAAUUAGCUAUCUUUAAUAUUUGAUAUCACUAUAUGCAGACUACCAUAAGUGAUCUGACCAUCGAUUCGAAAAAAACCCGCAUUUAAUGUCCUUUGUUUCGUGGGUGUGUUUGUGUUUGUGAAUUUGAAGUGACAAAUUGUAAAAGACUCAACAACUCACUUGGCUAGAAUUCUACGCAUUUAGUCGGAGGUUCGCAGGGAUGUCCUCCUGUUCGAUGCACAAAUCCUGAUUCGGAUGACUUGAACUGUACAUAAUAAGCCACAGUAAUAUUUCGCCAACCACGUUCCGCGCAAGUCCCAAGUUGAUGACUCGGCUUACCAAACGAAAGUUCAUAGUUACAACGGACUGUAACACGUACACGCGCGCUCAAGGAAAAAUCCUGCCAACGCAGUGAUGCAGUCGCAUUUGCUUCUCCUUUAUAUUCAGUGUUUUGGCCUACUAAUCCUACUUUUUCUUCAGUCAUUACGCUGAGCAACGCGAAUGAUUCACUAAGUUCACGUCCUCCUAGCCUGGUGAAUAUAGCAAAAUGUAGAGACUUAAAAAGUUACUGGAGUUUUCUGCAAGUUGUAGUCUUCUACCGAUAUGUGUCGAUGUAAUAACUGUCUAAAUGUUGAGGGCAAGGAAAAUCUAGGACUCUAUCCAUACGAAUUUAAAUGGUAUUUCUGCUAUUCACAAAUCAUAAGUGUAAAGAUCGGAAAAGGUUUAUGGGAAUGUACCAGGUCAGCUAAGUUAGGGUUUGUUCUAGCAAGCCUAUUUAAUGCGUUGCGAAAACUAAACCGUGUGAGGAUGUAGAAGUUAUCGACAAGGAACCCGCGCAAAUGACCGAUGGACCUCAAUUUUAAGACCACUUACAACGAAAGAUGUCAUUUAAAUUGAUUCGAAACCUUCGCUGUCAGGAGAGGAGUAGAGGCUCAGACCCAGGCAGACUGGAGCAGUACCGAACACAACAAACGAAGCUUCACACCCCUACUUUCAACUAAUCAGUAGGCAAUUGUAAAUAUGGUCGCAUUUGAGGUAGCAUAUUGCGUCCACGCCAGAGUUUCCUAAUACGAAGUAUAUCAGUUGACAAUAAAUGUAAUGCGUUUAACUUCUCAGUCAUUAUAUUUUUAUGACUAGACUGGGACUUUUAGAAAAUAUAGGCUGCAUUAUCGAAGUUUGGGAUUGUAGAACGUGCGGUCCUGUUUGUCUAUAUAAUAUAUGUCACUCGGCACGUAAUUAUCUAAAGGUAGCGGGGGUUAGAUGGUAGUUGGUAGCCCUCACGUUACCGAAAAAACCCAACUACCUGUUUUACGGGACCGGUGGUAAUAGGGGCUAUACGGGUGGGGAAAAUGAGUGGAGGCGUAAAUGGCGCUUGUAGUGUAUGCCUGGAAUUGACGCUCCUGGUAAAGUCGAAGCCUAACUUAAAUAAGGUGAAAAAUGAAAGGAGGAUAUAUAAAUAAGCAUGGAUAAUUAGUACGGUAUGCGGAAUAAAUGCAUCCUUGCCCCAGAUUGGAAAGAAUAGCAAGCGAAGGCGAACAACCAAUAGGAAGAACGCAGUGUGUCUUAAGGUCAUUCCGCAGUAUGUGUGAUAGUACUCUAACCGACAGAAUAGACAUGAGAACACGAGAGUCAAGUAGCGGCACGCAGGACGCCACAAUGCAAGCGGGGUAAGACAUUAAUGCGAAAAAUAUGUUUGGGCGAAAGAGCAAAUCUGCAAAUAAUAGUGUAUUGUCACUGUGGCCACAUCUAGGAUUAAAACUAUUGCAGUAGUUGUUUGCUAUACGUGAAUGGUGUACUUUACAAUGUAAAGACGAAUUUGCACUCUGUAUAUGAAGUUAUACUUUGUUCUGCUUGAAGAGCCCAGUCUUAUAGAAGGCGAAGGAAAGCAGGACCGCAAGUGGAUAGGCCGACGGAUUAUUCGCGGAUCCUGGAAAUAAUCCAUUCGUCCUAACUAGUGCAGUAUCUCUAACAAAAAGGACUACUGACCUGUAGGGUCUUAUGUAGAUGUCGAAAUACUGCGACAGCCCACGGAUGGUUAUGCCUUCAGAUAACAUCUGGGUACUGUGGUAUGCAGCCUAGGAUAGUACCUCUAAAAUGAAUCAGAUACAGAUAACACAGUGCGCGCAUGCAAUUACAAGCAUAAUGAGAAGCAUGAUGAAUCAUAAUAUGUCUAGGAAAAAUCUUUCGCCCUUUACUAAAGAUUUCCGUGUGGGGGUGCAAUACAGUGAGUCUAUAGAGACAUUUCUGCAGUGCCUCGUUCUCGGGGCGGAUAGAGUGAAGAGGAAAUUCAUCCUGACAGGGCUUCUGCGCGUGCACUCCCAGACAUAAUAAGAGCGUAAUCACAGAGCUUGAAAUCUAGCCAGUAAAUGCAAUUGUAGAAUGAGUGGGCAGGGCUACCAUCUACCAUCCUACCGUAGCGAGUGUCACUCAGGUAUGCUUAUGACUUGAUACAUGUUUUAUGACCGUUUAUGUUUUACAUGAAUUAAUAGGUAAUAACAUAAGAAGCAAAAAUUCGCUAUAUAAAUCAAAUCUCCAAAGCAGGCAUAGUGUAUUUCUGAGAAUUAACUCUACUCGCUAAUCGGACAUUUUCGCGUUUUCGUCCUCGCUGCUUUUCUUGAGUGCAUUUGUAUUGCAGAGCAUUUAAUACUGCAUCUGCCGGUAAGGAUAUAGUAAGUAAACCCCUCGGAAAACCUUGUUUAACUACGAUCCUAAUGUCAAACAUGAUCAUGACUGUAAUAGGUAACCCGAAGCGUUAGCCCGAAAGCAUUUAAGGAAAGCUUGAAUGUCACCGCAACCUUGACCCAAGGCCAUAAGCCCCUAACGCAAGCACUAAAAACCUUGUCAAAAUAAGCAUACCAAAAACCCAAGGCAAAAUCGAAACGCUUUGCAAAAGUGGGACUCCAGACCUGUAAAAACAGCCAAGAAUCCCAACUGCGGGAUAAUUCUACAAAGCAUGUGACAUGGUAUCUCUCAUCAGUGAGUUUCCAAAAACAUUCAGAACCAAGAUGAAGGCGCAUAAGCUAGCGUCAAGUGUUUCUUAACAAAACACGGUCAAAAGUUCUCCUGUGUCUGUGCGCGAGGCAGCGACCCAGGUAAAUGACUGAUUGCAUUGUGUGGUGCAAUGUCGACGCCUGCACAGGCAAAAACGCGAUCAAAACAACUGUCAAAAUAAUGUACAAUACAAAAACAUAACUCCCAAUGAAAACAGUCUGAUCCUCAAGGGCGAGGUCACCUGUUGGAUAGUGAACUGGACCCUUCAUUAGCAUGGCGUAAAUAAAUUCAUAGGUCCGCUAAAUGAGGCAGAAACAGUUAUUUCCAUCCCAACUACCGCACAUGGCCUGCAUCAUCCGUAAUUCAGUGAUGCUCGUGAAUGCGACUAUUGCCCUGAUCUUGCUUAAUGUCCACUUCUGUAGCUGCUGUAAGUCGACAAUUUCUGACAAUUCCCUCCUCAUUUGCAGUUGGAUUCAGGCUACAUGUAAAGCCACAUACCGACAUCGACCUUGCUUACGAAGUUCCAGCAUCCUUCCGGGUAUGUAAAAUGUCGAAAUGUGUUUUAAUAAAAACUGGAAAUUCGAAAUAUUCAUGUGGUUUUCUCCUUACAGUUCAAUUCUUCGGAAUCAGGAUUUGCGCAUCGAACACCAACGCAUCCCUGCGAACCUCCGACUAAAUGUGUAGAAUUCUAUUCAAGUGAGUUGUUGAGCCUUUUACAUUAUGUGCCUUCAAAUUCGCAAACACAAACAGACACACACCCACGAGACAAAGGCAAUUAAAUGCGGUCGCUUUCUGAUCGAUGCUAGGAUCACUUAUGGUGCUCUCCAAAUUGUGACUUCUAAUAUUUGGGAAAUAUAACUGCUGUACCAUUUUCUGACAAAGGAAGAAGAAGUUUUCUGAUCAAUCACGGAACUUACGAAAGCUACUCUGCGCUUAUUCUCACACCCGAAAAUCCCCAAAAGGCAAAAAUCGCGAUCGUCGUAGUGAACAAAACGGAUUUCUUUCCAGGUACAUAGUCCAAAUUUUAAAAUAAUUCGUGAAAUCUGAAGCUCGCUGAUAAAACCAAACAACAGGGACAUCUACACCAAACAUAUAUAAUUUCAAUUUCACGAAUCACAUUUCUCUUAUUUUGUCAGAGAUCCGCGGUGUCCAUUACAUAAUACCCAUUGUCGCACAACGGGGCCAUGCGAGACCACUUGCUGUUGUCAUGGAUGAAAAUAUAAAGGUACCAAAAGACCACACUCAUUUCAAUUAUGCUGAAAUAUUUUUUGACGUUUACAUUUGACUUAGUUAUUCAUCUGUCAAGAUCAUGAUUGAAGCGCAAAAUUUUAAAUGAACCAAUUAUCUUUUUUCAAGGAGAUCAGGCUGCUGGGAAAUAUUAGCAGAUAUGGGUCGUCUUCAAGCAGAAAGGGGCUGAAAAUAAUUAUCCCCUUUGGUAAGUUGCGAUCUACGUUGCGAUGCUCUAGAUUUGACGGAGAUGAUUAA